AUGGCCGAAGGACCUGAUCCAGUUGUUGCUGAUCUCGAGCAAGAAGUGACCUGUGGCAUCUGUCAUGACCGCUACCAGGAGCCAAAGCUGCUCCCUUGUUGUCACUACUACUGCAAGCAAUGCAUCCUCACACUCUCCAGUCGCUACCGACCCAACCAGCCGUUCCCCUGCCCCGACUGUCGUGAGCCCACUCUAUUGCCAGACAACAACCCUGACAGACUGACUACUGCGUUCUUCAUCAACCGGAUGAAAGCACUCCACUCGAGGAUGGAGAAAGCCCACGGCAAGUUAGAGACCACCUGCGAAAUGUGCUCUGGGGGAAAGGCCACUGCAUUCUGCCGACAGUGUGUCAGUUUUAUCUGUGACGAUUGUGUGAAGUCUCAUAAAAUGAAAGUAUUUGCCGGACAUACUAUCUCCACUCUGGACGAGCUCAAACAGGGCGGAGUGAAAGAACUAACAUUCGAAAGCCCACCACCCCCAAAAUGCGAAGAUCACGAGGAGCUAAAAAAGAUUUUCUGUUUUGAUUGUGACAAGCUCAUCUGUCGAGACUGUGCUGUGUUCGAUCACCGUGACCACAAGUCAGAGUUUGUAAAAAAAGCCGCCCCCGCAAUUCACAAAAUGCUGACAGAGCACCUCUCCCCACUCAAGAACCUACUGCCUGAUCUGAGCACCGCUGUGAAUCAAGUGAAAGGAACUAAACAAAAGAUCCAGGCCCAGAAAGAACUGACAGAGAGACAAGUGAAUGCCAAGUUCCAGGAGCUACACGAUAUUCUCGAUCGAUGCAAGGUUCGUGUUUUACGAGAAUCUUCUGCUUUGGCUGAUUCAAAAAUGGAGAAGCUGACGAUUCAAGAGAAGGGUCUGGACCUGUACCUGGGCACUGCUCAGAGUUUGAUUGACUUUGUAGAGCGUACACUGGAGAAUGCAAGUGAUGAAGAACUGAUUACGAUGCAAGAGCAGGUGGUGAGUCGAAUCGAUGCCGAGGUGGUGAAGCGAGGGAAGGAAGCAGCCAAUCCUGAUCCAGUGGAGAAAGAUGAUUUUGGAGUUGAAGUGUUUGUUUGUGAGGAUCUCAAGAAGUUGUGUGAGAACAAUGUUGUAGUUUAUCCUUCUGUGAGGGGUGAUGGUGUGAAGAUGGCUGAAGUUGACAAAUGUGCAAAUCUGAAUGUCUAUAUCAGUUCAAAACAAGGCAAACCACAAGCAGUACUGAAAUCGCUAGUUGAUCAAUCGACCCAACAAUUGCAAGCAGUGCCUGUGAGGGGUGGAGUGUACAGCGUUGAGUACACCCCUAGGGUACGUGGUCGACACCACCUCUUGAUCUCAGUGGACGAUCAGCCUAUCCCAGGAAGCCCCUUCUCUGUGUUCGUCAAAAUACCCCUGGACAAACCAGUGAGGGUGAUAAGAGGAAUCAACAACCCUCGGUAUAUGGUAUUCAACUCAUCAGAAGAACUGAUUGUAACUGACUUUAGAGGUGAUGUUUUGGUGUUUGACAAAAAAGGAGAACAAAUUCAAAGUAUCAGCAAAUCAAAGCAUGGGUUUGGCGGUAUCUCUGGUGUGGCAGUAGACAAGGAAGACAACAUCUAUGCCUGUGAUAGCAGAAAACACUGUGUGUACAAGUUCAACAAAAGAGGAGAUCUGCUAAAGAGGUUUGGGACGAAGGGAAGUGGUCCAAAGGAACUCAACUUCCCUCGAGGGAUAGCAGUCGCUGGUGAUCAAGUGUUUGUGUGCGAUCAGAAUAAUCACAGAGUCCAAGUGUUGACGACAGAGCUGGAGCCAGUCAAGCAGAUUGGUUCAUUCGGAACUGGUAAUGGACAUUUUAACGGACCAGAGGAUGUCACAGUGGACAAUGAACAAAUGGUGUAUGUCACUGACUAUUAUAAUCAUCGUGUUCAAGUGCUCACUAUGGAUGGUCGGUUUAUUCGCUCGAUUGGAAAGAAAGGAAAUGGUCAAGGAAAUCUGUCUGACCCUUGUGGUGUGUGUGUCACUGGUUUUGUUUAUGUUGCUGAUCGUGAUAACAAGUGUGUGUCAGUGUUCACUAAAGACGGUCAGUUUGUCACAUCAUUUGGUAAUGGUCAUAUCACUGAUCUUUAUGGAGUAGCUGUGGACAGUGAUGGUUUUGUUUAUGUGUGCAGUGGCAGAUCUGUUGUUAUAUUUUAG